AAGUUGAUUUGGGGGUUAGUUCAUCUUUAAAAAUCGCGAGUGAUUUAUUUUGACAGUGAGUACAGGAAGUUGAAUCAGCGUGGUCAAAACUGUAUGCGUGCCGUUAGCGUGAAUCUAACCUCUCCUCUCCUGUCCUUAGACAGGUAUUACAUAGAAAGAUGGACAGAAGUUUACCAGAUUAUGAUAAACAUAACUUGCCGAUGGAGGACAUGGAAGAGAUGGAGGUCAUCAUGACAACUCAGCUGGAAAGUCUCCUUGUGACCAGAGAAGAUGCCAUACAAACACAGACAGAAGAAACUGAUAGGAUGCCUUCAGAUUCUGUUGGAAAGAAUGAGGACUGUGGGGGUGAGGAAUCAAAUAAGUGUUUCCAUCCAGAGACAAGCAACCCACUAACAACAGGCCUGCCAGAGAUGAACAGUCAUAAUUUGUCAUCAAAAAAAGAGGUGGAUGUCACAAUGGUAACGGAUGUAGAACAUGUCUCUGUGACCCGAGAUGAUGCCACACCAGCAAACAUACAAACACAGGCAGUGGAAAUGGGAGCUGUCCAAACAGCUGCAUCAGCUGCAACACUCCCUGUGGACUUUGUGUGUGAGACUGAGUGUCCGGAUGAGGAUUCAGACAGUGACAGUUCUUCCUCUUCUUCCUCGUCCUCCACUUCUUCCUCAUCCUCCUCUUCCUCCCCUGCUCCUAUAUUUGAGGAUGAUGAGGGUUUCAGCCAACCAGCCCCUAUCAAAGCUAGAGAUGAAGUCUUAGUUGAGGAGCUUCCGGCUGUGGAGGACGUCUCUGUGACCUUACCUGAGGAAGCAGAGCUGCAACCAGUGGGAACUGUCUCCAGUAUCGUACAGCAGCUUGUUAUCAUCCAGUCCCUGAAAGACACCCCUCCUCUGAAUGAGGACAGCAUCCUGUUCAGGUCUGAUAGGGUGGCUGUGGGAAAGGUGUUUGAGGUGUUCGGCCCUGUGUACAGUCCUUUGUACAUUCUGCGUUUUAACUCUUCAGAUCAGAUCAGCAGCAAAGGCUUGACAGAGGGAUUGACUGUUUAUUAUGCUCCAGCACUCAAGGAGUACACAGAGUACAUCCUCACACAGCAGCUCAAACUUUUAAAAGGAUCUGAUGCAUCCUGGAAGAAUGAUGAAGAACCACCAGAAGAGGCUUUGGAUUAUAGUGAUGAUGAGAAAGAGCAGGAAGCAAAAAGAAAAACAAGGAACAACAAAAAGAAGGAAAAUGGCAAUAUAGAUAAAUCCAGUCAGCAACAGGGCCAUGAUCGGCGGGGUUUCCAAUCAAGACAUACUGGGCCUCGAGUACGGCAUCAGCACCCAAGAAAAGUACCACCCCAAUACACACACUCAUACUGUCCACCUGGACACACAGAGGUUCCUCCCACAUACAUCCCUCCCCACUCCCCUUAUCUCCCACCUCCUCCUCUUCCUCCCCCUCAUUACCCUUUCUCCCCACCAAGCUUCCCUCUCUACCGUCCUCCUCCUUUUCCGCCUCCAGCUUUUUUCAAUCCAUCAUUCUCCCAUACUUUCUGGCCUCCAAACUCUGUUCCAUUUGUUGACUUCCCCCCGCCUCCUCCCCCUCUUCCUCCCUCACCACCUCACUAACACACACAAACACGCUUCCCUAAGUUCCUCAAGUAGAUUAAGCAAUUUUUGUUCAUUCUUAUUGCAUAUGUAAUCUACUGUUGAACAGGCUUGUGGGACCUUUCACUGCAGUGCCUGGUAAGCUGUUCGUUUCUGAUGUGUAUUUAUAAGAAAAUCAGCCAUUCACUUGUAACAGCUGAUGAAGCUGUGGGCAGCCUUUUGCUUUGAUAUUGCAUUGUUUUUGUUGAUUUUUUUCCCCAUAUAUUUGGUCACAGUAUUGAAAUUGUUUUAAGUAAGCAGAAGAUGCCAACACCCACUGUGACUGACAGGUUAGAGGCAUCAACCAGCUUUAAACUGACUUCAUAUUGCAGGUCAAGUCAACCCUUUUGAUCUCUUCAUACCCAGAAGAAGAAAUGAAUUUCGGUUGCUCUUAAACCUUUGUCCAUUAUUCUGUUUUAGUUCAUUCUGGAGAUAAUUAUGCAGAUCAAUAUUAAUUAAAAAAAGCUCACAUUUACUGAAGAUUGCAACCUGUUUCCAUUAUGCCCCUGAUCAAACUGGUAUAAGUCUUAAAGGAACCCCCUUGCAGGUAGAUAUCACAUAGUAGAGGUAUAGUAAAUAGCCAUUGUAAUAUUUGUUUGAAAACCAAGCAGCUUGUUUGAGAUAAUUACACGUUUUGAAAUGAUUGAACUCUGUAUGUGUUCACUUGGAAUCCUGGAAACCUUGAACUUCCUCUAUUUUAACACCUUCAGUCACAUUUUCUAAUCUAAACCUUUACAUGUGCACUGAGCAUGUACAGGGUUAUGUAGAAACAUUAAAUCAUUUUUUCAUAUUCCUGAGUGUAACACUAUGGUUUCGAAACAUUCUUAAUGGAAACAUUCUAGCUAAAUUCAAUUGUGUAAGUAAAUUAACCCUGGCAUGCCAUGCUGAGCUCAGUUUCAGUCAGUUCUAAUUUACUUAUUGUGACCAAACAGAAUGGCAUCCGGAGAUGUGUUCAUUCUGGAGACAACAAUGCUGUUUUUUUGUUUUUGCUGAUUUCAGUGUAGUUAGUCACUGUUCUCUACUGUGAUGUUAAAAUGUGACCUUUUUAACAUGCUCUGCAGUUUCUCUAUUGUAGCCAUUAUUCUGUCACCUAACAUGUUACACCAGAUGUCUAAAAUAACAUUUCUAAGUUCAAAUUUUUUUUUUUUUUUUUGAGAUCUAAAAGAGGUCAGUGAGGAUAUAGCUCUGCUACUCCUUUGCUUUUGUUUGGUAAACAGGGAGAAAUAAAGGUUUCUAUUUCCAA